CUUGUUUCAGUUCUUCUCUUUCGUUCAUUGCAACAGCAACACAAAACAUACACACACACAUACACAGAGCACUGCACUGCACACAGCCACAGCGCAAAAUCAGUUGAGUUUUUCGUUCAGUUUCGUCAAGAUUUUUGUAUGUGCGCAACGCGAUGUUUAUGUGAAGACAAUAAUAAAAAACACAAGACCACAAAAAAACAGUUCAAUUGAAGUUUAUAAAGUGACAAUAAUAAUAACAAAAAAAAAAACAGACAAAAUGCAUACCGUGGAGCAUAUGCUAGUGGAAAAGAACUACAGCAAGUGUCCUUUGAAGAAGCGGCCGGUCAACUAUCAGUUUGAAGCCGAGCCCGAGGAUUUGUGUUUGAAGAAAAGCAGCCAUGAGUCGACCACAACAACAACUACAACAGCUUCAGUGGAAGCAACAACAACAGCGACAAAAGUGACAGCUUCCUCUGAGGAGGAGCUGAUCAAUGUGAGCGAUUGCUGCGAGGACGAAGGCGUCGAUGUCGAUCACACCGACGACGACGACGAGCACAUGGACAUCGAGCCCGAGGACGAUGAGGAUGACGACGAUGUCGAUUGCGUGAAUGUGGAAGCCGAUCCCAAACAGACACAAGCUGCCGCCUUGGCCGCUGCUGCCGCUGUGGCAGCUGCCUCUGCUGCGGCUGCUGCAGCCGCCUCGGUUGUGGUGCCCACACCCACAUACCCCAAGUAUGGCCUACAGCCAUGGAACUUCCACAUGUCGCCCUACACCGCCGAAUUCUAUCGCACCAUCAAUCAGCCACAUCUUGCCGCAGCCGCUGCUGUGGCAGCUCCUCUGCGUGCUGAGCUUUUGUCGCCCAGCUCACCCUCGGAUUCGUUGGGAUCACUGUCGCCGCCACCACAUCAUUAUCUGCAUGGACGCGCCAGUUCGGUGUCUCCACCAAUGCGCUCCGAGAUGAUCCAUCGUCCGCAACUUGGACGCCAGCAGCCACAAAGUUUUCUGCCUUAUCCCUCGUAUCCGGCUGCGUACAGCGCCUUGGGUUAUGCACAUCAUCAGACGCUGCAUCCGCAACACCCGCAGCCACAGCAUCAUCAUCAUCACGCCCCCAUUUCGCCUGCCUACUCCGAGAGCUCCUACUAUUCCAUGCGCAGCCUGACACCCGAAUCAGCGGCCAGCUGCUGUUCGGUGCCCGAGGAUCUGUCGCUGAAGCACAAACAAGCCUCGACGCUGCCACAGCCCGAGGUCUCCAGCACAGCGUCAGCAGCAACCAGCUCCACCUCCUCCUCCUCGUCGUCAUCAUCGACAACUGGCUCGCCCAGCAAGAAGGACAAAACGUCGCCGCCUCGCUAUCAAUGUCCCGACUGCCAGAAAUCCUAUUCCACCUUCUCCGGCCUCACCAAGCAUCAGCAGUUCCAUUGCCCCGCCGCUGAGGGUAAUCAGGUGAAAAAGUCCUUCAGCUGCAAGGAUUGCGACAAGACGUACGUCUCCCUCGGAGCACUCAAGAUGCACAUACGCACCCACACGCUGCCCUGCAAGUGCAACAUGUGUGGCAAGGCGUUCUCCCGGCCGUGGCUGUUGCAAGGACACAUUCGCACCCACACGGGGGAGAAACCCUUCAGUUGCCAGCACUGUCAUCGCGCCUUUGCGGAUCGCAGCAAUCUGCGAGCUCAUCUCCAGACGCACUCGGACAUCAAGAAGUAUUCGUGUGGCAAUUGCUCAAAGACCUUUUCGCGCAUGUCGCUGCUCACGAAGCACAACGAGGGCGGCUGUCCCGGUGGCAGCUCCAGUUCCAGUUCCAGCUCUGGUCCUGGCUCCAACUCUGAGCUAUCCUAUGGCGGUUAUGCUGAGCCUUAGGCUCCAUCAUAUCAUCGCCGCCAACAAAAAAAAAUGAAAACAAGUUGUACACAAGCCAUGUUCCACCAAAAAUUAGUUCCUAGCUCGAGAGUAAGCGUUUAAACGGCAGCUCCAAGACAACAACAAAAAAAAAAAAGAAAAGAAAAAACCCCGGACACACACACACGCACACACACUUAAAACACACCCAGUGAAGGAUUUAUAUAUUUCAAUUUGUAUUUUUCGCAUAAUUUUUCUU